UGAACAGUUCUCCAAGCUCUCUCACUUCGGAUCUUGGUCUGCACAAAAUACCGCCUCGCCUUUCCGUUUUGAGCCUGCGCAUGACCUGACGACUGAACUGUCUGCCGCCGCACCAUCGCUACGGCGUCAUCUCCCUUCGUUGAUAUCUUGGCUGAGACAUCUCUGCCUCAGCACGCUACUGAAUGGAUCAUGCGGUGAAACACUUGCAGGCUGAAGAGAAAAUCAUAGCAUUGUCAUCCUUACAUACCGCUCCCACGAACUCCUUCUCUCAACAACAUCCCUUUGCUGCCUCAGACGCAUCAAUGCUCCCAUCACCAGCAUCACUUUUCCAGAGCCGGUCAGUUACGUCUGCAGCAGCGACACCCAAUAGCCAGGUGGUAGUCUCACUGGCGAGUUAUGGAACGUCAGCAGGGAUCCUGCAUGGCGAGCUACUGGGCAUCAUAGCCGCUGUUUUACUGUCUAUUCACGCUAACCCACAAGAACCCUACUCCGUUUUGACAGAUCACAAAAUGCAGUCCACAUGCUACAAGACGUUCUUCCCGGUGCUCUACCCCACAAUCAGCCAGCACGUUCCUUAUACCGCUGGUUGUUUUCACUUCUACACUCUCCAACACCCGCGCCCUCACUCAUCUGGACUGCUGCUCAUACCAACGGCCUGACGCCAGAAUGUCUCGCCAACGAUUAUAUUGAUCGGAUGGCCUCGGAUGGCCUCAUUUGCGCAAGAACGACGUGGUGUUAUUCCCCUCUGCGCCCCUGAC